AUGCCAAGUGUAGUGAAGCCUACGAUGAUGUUUCCUGUAUGUGUUGGAAUAAUUCCGGGUUAUCGAGUCCGACCAGACGACCCGUACUGUGAGGAAGUAAAGCGUAAUGUGCCUGAUUAUGAAAACCUUAGUGAAAUGACUGAUUAUUCGGACACAAUAUCGAGAAUAAUGGCGCCGGACGAAUCGAUAAUGAUUCUGAAACAGCAGAGUGGACUUAUCGAUACGCAACAACCAUCACCACGAAGUAAAAUUCUACGUCGGAAGAGCAGUCGAAAAGAGAAAGAUAUCAUAAGCCCAUUACCGAUGGUGAUCACUCCUCCGGUGCUGCUCAACCGUACAAAGUCGUGCUCACUGUGCUGCCGUGAGCGGAGCACUGCAUUUCUGACAGCUGAUGACUGGACUGACGAAAGUGAGUACGUAAUCCAAGUAGAAGAGAAGGGCUAUUUGCUUAAGGAAGGUAUUGACGGUGAGCAAAAGUGGUACCCGUGUGGUGCUACAUUCCCUAUGAGUCUUUCAGUACCGAAAGUCGGUAAAACGGUAGGCAUCAGGGGUUUGGUAUCGAUGGUAGUUGCCGCUGCUCCUUUUGGACGAAAGGGGGUCCUCAGCGGUAGCCUUCCGGUGAUGAAAGUGCUCGUCUAUAUGCUCAGCUACGAGUGCCUUGUGACGCCUGUACCCAGACGUGGCCCCCCGGUGAGCUCCGAUCCAAUCUAUGCUGAUCUAACGGUUGUCGCCCCAGCCCUUUCACACCGUGAUGUCCUUGAGCAUUGA